AUGAAAGAAAAGACCAAAAAGAACGAAGUAGAAGAGGAGGAGCAGGAGGAAGAGGAAGAGGAGGUGGUGGAAGAGGUAGCUGAGGAAGAUGGGGAUAAUGAAAUCCAGGACAAAAAAAGCAAAAAGAAAUCAAAGUCUGAGGACUCAGAAGUUGAUGAGGAAGUGAAGAAAAAGAAAAAGAAAAAGACCAAGCGAAGAGAGUACAGCAUCUACGAGGUGGUGACAGUGACAGGAGAUGUCCGGGGAGCAGGAACCGAUGCCAAUGUCUUUGUUACUCUCUUUGGAGAGUUUGGGAUUACUCCCAAGACUCAUCUCACAAGCAAGAGCAGCACGGCCUUUGAGAGGAGUAAAACAGAUGUGUUCCGAGUGAAAACCAAUAAUGUUGGACAAAUAAAGAAAAUAAGGAUUGAGCACGAUAACACCGGACUGAACGCGGGCUGGUUCCUUGACCGUGUGAUUGUGACCGACAUGAACAGACCUCACCUGCGGUUCUACUUCCCCUGCAACAACUGGUUGAGCAAGGAGGAUGGCGAUGGACUGUACGUCAGAGACCUCAUCGGCAGCUUGAAUCCCAUGGAUGUUCCCAAAAUCAACAAAUACGUGGUCCGAGUUUUUACUGGUGAAGUUAGCGGCAGUGGAACAGAUGCGGAUGUCUUCAUUAAUAUCUUCGGUGAAAAAGGAGACACAGGUGUGAGGAGACUGGACAAUGACAAAGACAAUUUUGAAAAAGGAGCUGAGGACAAGUUCACACUCGAUGCUCCGAAUUUGGGAAGGUUAAGGAAAAUUAAUAUAGGGCAUAACAACAAGGGUGGCUCUGCUGGCUGGUUCCUUGCAAAGUACUUAAUUAGGGAGCGGAGAGGGAUCUGCCUGACUAUUGAAUAUAUUAAAUGCCAGGUGAUCAUUGAAGACAUUGGCAACAAAUGUGUGUACCAGUUCCCAGUUGGACGCUGGUUUGCUUUAGAUGAAGAUGAUGGAAAAAUCCAGAGGGACAUUCUUGUGGGGGGCACUGAGGCCACAGGUAUUGUGUACAACGUUGCUGUAGUGACAGGAGAUAUCAGAGGAGCUGGCACUAACUCCAAAAUCCACAUAAUCCUCCAUGGGUCCAAAGGCUUAAAGAACAGCGGGAAGAUUUUCUUGGAAGGAGGUGAAUUCGAGCGUGCCAGGACAGAUCUCUUUAACGUGGAGAUAGCUGCUCUUCUCAGCCCACUCAGCAGAGUCACCAUUGGGCAUGACAAUUGUGGUGUCAGUUCUGGCUGGUAUUGUGAGAAGGUGGUGGUUUACUGCCCAUUCACUGGUAUUGAACAAACCUUCCCCUGUGAUAAAUGGCUGGAUGAAGAUGAAGGAGAUGGUCUUAUAGAACGGGAGCUCUAUGAAAUGGUCUCACUGCGCCAGAGAAGACUGAAAAAUCAUCUGGACAAAUUUUUAGGAGCUACCUGGAUCUGUAUUGCAUCAUACACAAAAAGCCCCUGGUCUCUGUGGAUCUGGACGAGUGACAUUAAGAAUGCAGGGACGGAUGCCACCAUCUUCUUUCAGAUUUAUGGAGACAAGGGGAAGUCAGAUGAGAUGAAGCUGGACAACAAUUCAGACAACUUUGAAACUGGACAGACUGACAAAUUCAUGAUUGAGCUCCCUGAUCUGGGCACGUUUUAUAAGCUUCGCAUAUGGCAUGAGAAAAGAAAUCCCUUUGCUGGCUGGCAUCUGAACAAGGUGGGGGGAUGGCAGCGGAAGGUAGACCUGGAAAGACAGAUUGGUUGCAGUCCUGGGUCACCGCGUUCCCCACUGGCAGCUGAGUUUGAUGUGCAGUGGUCAGAGGUGCCUCCGUUUACAGACAGUGCAGCCCUAGGGGUGGAAGUGGAAAUCCUAUGUGAAAACGGGAUGUGGAGAGAGCACAUCAUAGCAUUCACAAAAAUACAUGGGGAGAGAAGGAUUCAUUGUGUGGUUUUGGAGGAGAUUCCUUCUCCUUCCUGUCCCUUUCAGUUCAGCCCAGAUAUGUAUGGGAAAUGAGAGCAGUGGGAAAUGGCAGCUCCCAACAGCCCAUCUUAAUGGUGAUAAUGAUAUUUCCCCAUCCUUCCAGCAUCAGAUCACUGUAGUCCCCCCAUCACUGCUGCCAGGGACUUUUUCCCUUACUCUUCAAAAAGCUUCCUACUCUUAGACAUCAUUGCUAUAUGGAGAGGUAAACCCUCCCCUAUUUAGGCUGGUCAUAAUGAAGAACUGAUUACAGCAGAGACCUAUUGUGCAAUGGAGCAUAACCUGCCCCAAAGUGUUGACAGCCCCACUGCAGGACACUUGCAGGUUGGAGGAGCCUGUGGAGACUGUGCAGAAGAGAGCAGCACUGUGCUGCUUGGGAAAUGAAAAGGGUGAUCUUCAGCCACAUGUCCUCUGUUCUACCAGCAGUGAUUACCAUGCCGUCAGCCCUCACAUGGAUCUGCAAGGCAGCAAAUUCAUCUCUAAGCUUCACCCGUACUCCUACUGCAGAGCUUGGAAGAUGUUCUCUGUACUUAACAAAACAUACUUUUUGCUCUGCAGCCGUAAAUAACUGCUAUGAUAAAUCACAA